AUGACUACACUAUCAACCUCAAGGGGCCAGGGGGCUCUGGCCGUCAGUGCUGUCUUCACCUCAUUGGCAACAUUUGUGGUCCUUGUCCGCAUCUAUACGAGAGCGUUUAUGGUGAAGCAAAUGGGAGCCGAUGACUACGCCAUUAUGGCAUCCUUAGUAUUUUCAUGGGUCUUUUUUGGAUUAUUUGUGGGAGAGGUUUACCAUGACAUGGGACAACACUUCAAGCUCAUCCCAAAUGCAGUCUAUGUAGCUCAAAUGACUUAUUUCUGGGCUUCAGUCCCAAUCUACCAGACCAGUCUCUUCAGCACGAAGAUCUCUAUGCUGCUUCAAUAUCGACGAGUAUUCUCAACACCGCGGAUGCGUCUAGCGUGUGCCAUUUUCCUCGGAUUCAUCGUCGUCUACGGAACCUGGUCAGUCGUCAGUGCCUGGGCAAACUGCGUCCCUCUCGCCAAGUUCUGGGACCCGACAGUGCCAGGCUUCUGCUUCGACAAAAAAGCCCUAUGGUUCUCGAACUCCGCCAUUCACAUUCUCACGGAUUUGUUGAUUUUGAUAUUCCCAAUGCCCGUCCUCAGUUCUCUCCAGCUCCCCAGAAAGCAAAAGUUGGCCUUGAUAGGUGUUUUUGCCCUGGGUGGAUUUGUUGUAAUCACCACCAUUCUCCGUCUCCACAGCCUCCUAGUUAUUUCCAACUCCGAUGAUCCAACCUACGACAACAUCGGUGCUGCCUCCUGGUCCGCCGUCGAAUGCAAUGUCGCCAUCAUCUGCGCAUCACUCCCCAGCACCCGGGCGUUCCUUUCCCAAAUCCUCCCUCAUGUCUUCUCUACUGGCAGCAACGGCUACCGCAGUAAGACCCGACCCUCCCACACCGGUCGCAGUGCCCUCACCGGCAACACCGGCAACGGGAACACACAAGUCAUGGCAUCCGUCAUUGGCGGUCGGGACCCUGGGCGAGACGGGUACGACUUGGAUGACCUAUCCCCUGAUGGCUCAAUCCAUAGCUUCGAGAAGGAGCAAAAGAGCAAAGAGGAAACGUUUGCUGGUAUUAAGGUGACUACGCUCAUGACGCAGGAGUCGAAAGUUACGGCUCUUGGAAGUCAUAAGACGGAGAGUGCCAGUGAGCUUGUUUGA